CCGUACACAGAUGUGAAUAGGACGUAGUAAGUGGCUUUAUAGGAGCAGUCUUCAGUGAAUAAACGACAGUAAAGUGAUGUGUGCAAGUCACGGUACAGUGAGCAUCAGGUAGGCCUACUGGUUGUCGGCUGCUGUGCAGGUUGCAGUACUACAGUUAUUACCUACUACUACUAUAAUUACAACAACAACAACAACUACUACUACAACAACUAAUCUCUUGUACUUGUGGAGAGACAAGACGCCAGGUGUCGGGUUGACAAGUGAAAUCCGGGGAAAAUGAACGAACCACGGAAAGGGAAGUCGUUUUACGACAUGUCAGCUCAAGUCGUUGACCAUGAUGCCGAUGUUGUAAUAGUCGGAGCGCCGUUUCGGCCGAGCGCGUGGUCACAGUUCUUGGCUGUGUGGAAGUUCCUGGUCUGCGUGCUUACGCCAAUCAUAUUUAUCUUCUUCUUCUUCAUUGGUGAUCACCCGGCAUAUCGCUGCGCGUAUCUCAUUGCGUUAAUGGCCGUGUUUUGGAUCACCGAAGCGGUUCCCAUCGCUGUGACGUCACUACUACCAGUUUUCCUGUGUCCAAUGAUGGGUAUUCUGACAGCUAAAGAAACGUCAUCUACCUAUAUGAAUGACACCUCAAUGCUGUUUGUCGGAGGACUGAUUAUAGCCAUUGCCAUAGAAACAUGGAAUCUACACAAACGACUGGCUUUAGGCGUCCUGUUAUUGUUUGGUUCCGAACCAAGAUGGGUGAUGGCGGGCUUGAUGUUGGUCACCUGGUUCCUGUCGAUGUGGAUCAGUAACACUGCUACGACGGCCAUGAUGAUCCCGAUCGCACAAGCCAUCUUGCAGCAGAUGAAGGAAGGAGUCGACGUCGGUGACGAUCAAGCUGUAGAGGGAAUCGAAAACGAGGGAUACACAGCAGAAAUGGAAGAAGUAUCCAGGACAACAACAGCACAAAAUGGUGUCCAUCAUGACCAUGUGAACACACCUCAGACCAGUGCGUCCGAUGACGACCAGAGAGAGGAUGACGCCAAACACCUCAGAUUAUGUAAAGCGAUGUCGUUGUGUGUAGCGUACGCCGCCAACACCGGCGGCAUAGCAUCCUUGACUGGGACUGGUCCCAACUUAGUCCUUAAGGGACAGUCCGAUAUUGUGUUUGAUGAGUAUAACGCGACCAACCCGAUCACGUUCGCCACGUGGAUGAUCUACGGACUUCCGCUCUCGUUCAUCGUCCUCAUCGUGCUGUGGAUCUGGUUACAGAUUGUCUUUCUCAGAUGCCAGGGAUGCUGCUCGUGUUUCGCUAAGAAGGGGGACGGGGCAGCUGCCAAAAGUGUGAGGAAAGUCAUCCUCCGUCAAUACAGAGCUUUAGGAUCAGUGUCAUUUGCACAAUACGUCAUCAUGGUGAUGUUCGCGAUUCUUGUUGUCCUUUGGAUCACGCGAGAUCUGGGAGGAAGUGGUGGAUGGGGCAUACUUUUCAAACCAAAAUAUGUCAGAGACUCGACACCGGCGCUCCUUAUUGGUUUUUUGCUGUUCAUUCUUCCAUCGUCACUGCCAAAUGUUUUCUGCUUCAGAAAAAACGACGACACGACGAAUGGUGAGUUUGUCCCUAUUCUGAACUGGAAGAACAUUCACGAGAAGAUGCCGUGGUCGUUGUAUCUGCUGCUCGGAGGAGGCUUCGCGAUAGCUAAGGCUGCCACUAAAACAGGGCUGUCUAAAGAGGUGGGAACGUUUCUGCUGGUGUUCAAGGACCUCAACCCGUGGCUGAUGCUGCUCAUUAUCUGCUACAUCAUCACGUUCUUCACCGAGGUGACCAGCAACACCGCCAUCGCCACGCUAAUGAUGCCCAUCCUCGCCGAGCUGGCGAAGGCUCUGAAUGUGAAUCCAUUGUUCUUCAUGUUUCCGACGGCACUAACAACGUCUUUCGCUUUCAUGCUACCAGCAGCUACGCCACCGAAUGCAAUAGUGUUUUCGUAUGGACAAGUCAGAGUUAUAGACAUGGCACUCUGUGGAUUUUGGAUGAAUGUUAUCACAGUUCCAAUUCUUAUUGGUGCCACUGCAUCUUGGGGCAACGCCUACUUCCACUUUGAUACUCUUCCAGACGGAUUUAACUAUAAUAUUACCACUACGACACCAGGUUAACAACACCCGUGACGUGUGUGCCGGUCACAGUGAGUGGUUGAAAGACUACUCGCAUCUUCAUGUCACAGGUCAAAGGUCAUCAGACCACACAACUGAACUUUUGUACAAUGUGCAUUAUACCCGUACAGCUUCUACUAAACGUAUAGUUUUUGUUUGUCAAUAAUUUCAGUUUGUCUGAUGGAGAAUGAAAUAAAGUAAAUUUCCCCGAUUAGUUCGAAAAUAUUUCACCCUCCAAAAUGCACGCGAUAUUCUUACAUUCUUCAAUAUGGGUAGGUAUUGCUGUUGUAUUUAUAGCUUGACCAAUGCUUUUAGAAGAAAAAAAUUCACAUGAAAUGUGAACCAUUUUGUUAUUUUGAAAAGAAUUUUAAUUUUAAUUUUACGUCUAUCCACAUUGACAAAAUCACCUUUAGUCGAAUAUUGGAUGGGAUAUAGAUGACUGUUGUUCAAACACUAAGACGUUUUUGACCAUAUCACCGUCUUAAUGCACAAUGUUAGUAAAACAAAUUAUGUUCGUCUUCCACCUAUACUCAGGCAUCGAAAUAUGUCGACAAUCGCCGUGCAGGUUACGGUAGACCCCGUUACCAGAACGUUACCACAUGUCAAGCAACGAAAUUGUUUGGACAAUAACACCACCACCUAAAGUUUUAUCAGUUUUGUACUGUUUGAAUAUAAAUUACAUUCGCAAAUAUUACAACGAGAACAGUGACAUUAAUAAAAAGUAUCAGUGUUUUCAUGGUAGAUGAUAAAUGGAAACUACACUUCAUAAAUGUAUUGUAACCUAUGGGUUACAGGCCUGUAAUUUACGGUAACCUGUACAUGGGUUACCAGAUACUAUUCUCAUCUCGAUGCCUAUAAGUGUGAUGUUGAACCAUGUUUGUUAAUUUGACUUGACUUAGUUACUUUGCAUAUCAUACAAAUUAUAGCUGUAUUUUAUACAAUGUUUAUCAUAUUUUGUUAUUUUAUUGACUGGUCUAUUUUACGACAGUUAUAUAAUUUUGUAAAAUGUUAUUGUUACACAUCAAGCUAGCCAUUGCUGUUUUACAAUGCUCUUAUGGUUACUGUUUUAUAUAUUUUAAAAGUGACGUUAAUGUAUUAAGAAUUGUAAUAUGUAUAUCAAAUAUCUCUAUUUCAUUUUAUUAGAAGAUGCAUACUAAAUACGUUGAACCAGGGUUAUUUUUUAUAUAGAUUUCUUUAUAUACUAAUAGAAAAUCCUUCUGUGUUGCUGGCACCUCUCCUGUAAAGUAGCAAGGGGCUUGAGAUAAUAUAUUUUAUAUAAAGAAAAAGUCAGAAGCCUCCUUUAAAAGUCAUAUAUCCCACUUUAAUUCAAAUUUUCGCCUGUUCAGGCUUCAUCAGGGUAAUUUUAAAACUGAGCUAAAAGAAGUCAAACCAUACUGCAUGAAAAUAUAGAUAGAUAGAUAGUGAACACGCCACUCUUAAAUAAAAACUUCUUUACUGACA